UCAACAAACAGUUAAGAGGGGAUUAUUAUUUUCCUUUUUGAUGUCGACAAGAAAAAUUUAAGGCAAAUGGCCACAAAACGCAAAGUAGAGGUGAUAGUCCCCGCAGAGGAAAGCGACCAGCUGCUAAUUCGACCUCUGGGGGCAGGUCAGGAGGUUGGGAGGUCAUGCAUUAUCCUGGAGUUCAAAGGAAGGAAAAUUAUGCUGGACUGUGGGAUCCACCCUGGCCUGGAGGGUAUGGAUGCUCUGCCUUACAUAGACCUGAUUGACCCAGCAGAGAUAGACCUGCUGCUUAUCAGCCAUUUCCACUUGGAUCACUGUGGAGCACUGCCCUGGUUCCUCCAGAAGACCAGCUUCAAAGGCAGGACCUUCAUGACCCACGCCACUAAGGCCAUCUACCGCUGGCUGCUGUCAGACUACGUCAAAGUCAGCAACAUUUCUGCAGACGACAUGCUGUACACUGAAACUGACCUGGAGGAGAGCAUGGACAAGAUCGAGACCAUCAACUUCCACGAGGUCAAGGAGGUCGCUGGAAUCAAGUUCUGGUGCUACCACGCGGGUCAUGUGCUGGGAGCGGCCAUGUUUAUGAUAGAGAUAGCUGGAGUCAAGCUGCUCUAUACCGGUGACUUUUCCCGACAAGAAGACAGGCAUUUGAUGGCGGCUGAGAUCCCAAGUGUCAAACCUGACAUCUUAAUCAUUGAGUCGACUUAUGGCACCCACAUCCAUGAGAAGAGGGAAGAGCGAGAAGCUCGGUUCUGUAAUACCGUCCAUGACAUUGUUAACAGAGAAGGUCGCUGUUUGAUCCCUGUGUUUGCUUUGGGACGGGCCCAGGAACUGCUGCUCAUCCUGGAUGAGUACUGGCAGAACCACCCAGAGCUUCAUGACAUCCCCAUCUACUAUGCCUCAUCUCUCGCAAAGAAGUGCAUGGCUGUGUACCAGACCUACGUCAAUGCGAUGAAUGACAAAAUUCGCAAAGCAAUUAACAUCAACAACCCUUUUGUCUUCAAGCACAUCAGCAACCUCAAGAGCAUGGAUCACUUCGAUGACAUUGGUCCCAGUGUGGUGAUGGCGUCUCCAGGUAUGAUGCAGAGCGGUCUGUCCAGAGAGCUCUUUGAGAGCUGGUGCACUGAUAAGAGGAACGGAGUCAUCAUUGCUGGAUACUGUGUGGAAGGAACGCUGGCCAAGCAUAUCAUGUCAGAACCAGAGGAGAUCACUACCAUGUCUGGACAGAAGCUGCAGCUGAAGAUGUCCGUGGACUACAUCUCCUUCUCUGCCCACACAGACUACCAGCAGACCAGCGAGUUCAUCAGGGCGCUCAAACCCCCGCAUGUGAUCCUGGUCCAUGGGGAGCAGAAUGAGAUGGCCCGUCUCAAAGCGGCACUAAUCAGGGAGUACGAGGACAAUGACCAGGUCCACAUUGAAGUCCACAACCCUCGAAACACAGAAGCCGUCACCCUCAACUUCAGAGGAGAGAAACUAGCCAAGGUGAUGGGUUCUCUGGCUGAUAAGAAGUGUGUCCAGGGCCAGAGGGUGUCAGGCAUACUUGUGAAAAAGAACUUCAACUACCACAUCCUCAAUCCCUCUGACCUUUCAACGUACACAGAGCUAGCCAUGAGCACAGUCAAACAGUCCCAGGCCAUCCCUUUCACUGGACCAUACUCACUGCUUGUCUGCCACCUGAGAAACCUCACAGGUGACGUAGAGGAGUUGGAUGGAACCGAGAAGAACACUUUGAGGAUCUUUAAAAACAUCACUCUGAUCCACGAGGUCGGCAUGGUGAUGCUGGAGUGGAUAGCAAACCCUCUCAACGACAUGUACGCUGAUGCUGUCACCACAGUGGUGCUGGAGGUCCAAUCAAACCCCAAGGCUCAGAAAGUUAUGGAGACCCAGAGUUCCAUCAUGGACAUGGAUGUCUUCCAUACAAGAUUAGGAGUCAUGUUGCAGGACAUGUUUGGGGAGGAGUGUGUGGAUUUCAGUGAUGGUAAAAACAUCUCUCUGACAGUAGACGGAAAAUCGGUUAUCAUUUGCUUGGAAACAAGGUCGGUGUGCUACGAGGAUGAGAGCACGGAGGACGAAUCCCUGAAGGAGAUGGUAGAGCUGGCUGUGCAGCGGCUCUAUGAUGCACUAAACCCAGUAAUAUGAGUACAGAAACACGACUGAAGGCAUCAGUUUUAACAAAAGAGUGACUUUCUAAAGCUCAGACAUUGUAGGUAUAUGAACAGAUAUUUUUUACAAAUUCUGUGAAGGGGGUUAAAAAGCAGAGGAUACUUGUGCGCUAAAAACUUACCCCCACCAAUGAUGGAGGGCUUGUUAUCUGACAGAUUACUGGAACAUUGAAAUGUUUUUACACUAAGAUAUUUUGAUUUUAUCGGUUUUGUGCCAGUUACAUUUGGCAUCAAUGAGGACAGUGCUUCAUGUAUUUUUAAACAUCACUUGCCUCUUUGUCUAGUCAGGUUGGUGUGAUUAGCUGCCUCAUUAACCAGUCUGAGUCCAUGAUGUGUUGCUGUGUUUUGCUGAGUGGAUGGAUUUUUAUACAUGUUUUAGUGUUGUUUUUGUCAUACAGGCACUUUUAAUUCUCUUUACUGUAUUUGUGUAGCUGCACUGUAGGCUUUCAUUGCCAUGUUUUGCACUGAUAUGUCAAAGUUGUGAACUUAAACUGUGAUGUCCAAUGCACUUGAUGUUUGUGUUUAUCUUCAAUGUUGAAAAGACUUUUAAAAAAACCUGCUGUCUUUAAGA